UAACGGUUUCAUGACGGAACGGGGUGCAUCGUCACUCGUACUCAUGUCUCCCGAGAACCCAGAGACCUUCAGACAGAGCAGGAUUUGGAAAUUGCAUCGAUACCCUAAAAGCGAUUGAUUCUGAGCUGCACCUGUGCUAAACUGAUAACCUCUACUGUCCUGACAGAGCUGUGCAUACAAAGAAAAAGCAGCUUUACCAGGACAAUUUGCAUUAUUUCUUACUAUUCACGUUUUAUGCACAUCUCGUCUCUGAUAAUAUCGCCUGACGUCAUCACUGCUGGUGUAUUUGACCCUUAGGGUAGGCACCAGAUCUGUGAUUACUACUACUACUACUACUACGCAGCUGAUCAAAGCCAAGGUUUCAAUAGUUGCGACUGAGAUAGAGGCGUGCCCCCUGGCCCGUGGACGGCCAUCGUGAGGAGCUGGAGGGAUGGAGGGGGACCAGGGCGUCCACCUCGGACUGCCGCUGCCCGAGCCGGAGGGGGACAUCAGCCGCUGUGCCCUGAUCAGGGGGCCGUGCCGGUACUUCCACUACGGCUGCGACGGCCACGACGACCGGGGGUGGGGCUGCGGCUACCGGACGCUGCAGACCCUCUCCUCCUGGGUCUGCCUGAACGGCGUGGCCAGGCCCGGGAGCAGCACAGCCGCCCCGCCCAGCCUGCCCGAAAUCCAGCGGGCCCUGGUCGCCAUGGGAGACAAGCCGGCCUCCUUCCUGGGGUCCCGCGACUGGAUCGGGGCCUGCGAGGCGGCCAUGCUCCUGGACCACUUUCACGACGUCCCCUGCCGGGUCCUGCACGUCCGGCCCGGGCCCGAGCUGCGGGACGUCGCGGGCCAGCUCCACGGGCACUUCCGCGCGCACGGCUCGCCCGUCAUGAUGGGGGGCGACCGGGACAACGCCUCGAAGGGGGUGCUGGGGGUCUGCGACGGGAAGCGGGGGAGCUACCUGCUGGUCCUGGACCCCCACUACUACGGCGCCGCGCUGGACGGGCCGGCGGCCCAGAGGGGGGGCUGGGUGGCCUGGAGGGGGCUGGGCUCCCUGGACUCGGGCUCCUUCUACAACCUCUGCCUGCCCCAGCCUCCGGGGAGGUGAGCCGCAGGGGGGCGGGCGGAUCCACCGGCGAGGGGGCCCGUCAGGGGGGGCAAAGGGGGAGCCCCUACAGUCCUGACUGUUUCCGCUGGGGGGGGGUUAGAGCCGUGGCCCUGUGUGGUAGCUCGGACCCCGCCGAGGGGGCAGCCGGUCGCGGACGGUACCGCGGUGUUGCGACCCUGCGCUCGGGGGGCAUGUGGGCCGAUGUGCCCCUGACAGUGUUCUGAUCGACCGUCCUCGGCGGCAGCUGAUUAAACCUGCUGUGACCACAA